UGUAAACGUGUUUUGAUGCGGGCCUUUCUGAAUCCCAGUUUAAGGCUGUAGUGCUGUAUCACACACACGUACCAAAUACCACAACCCAUAUCUAUGUAAAUAUAUAAGUUAACACUUGGUGAUACGACAGUGUUUUUUUCCGAACGUAUACUUAAGUGAUUUCCUGCUGAAUAUUUCGUCUUAAUCACGUGUACCCACAUGCAGAAUCCGCCUGUUGGAGGUUCACAAUCAAUAACAACACUGUGAUAUUAGUCUACAUUCGGAUUCUUCCCGGAGUUACCAGUGAGCCUACCAUUAUGAGGAGUUGUGCGGCGGUUUUCGGACUGACGUUCCUCGUUAUUACGGAUUUAGCUACUAUUAUAAGUUUCGCUACACCAUACUGGCUCGAACUUAACAUUGGAUUGUUUGGUUUGUCCGGACAAUGGAAAUUUCAUGGGCUUUGGGCCACUUGCGACCGGGACCAGUGUUCAUGGGUGUUUGAGGAUGGAGCUCGAGUUCUGUCCAGCGCAGAGUGGUUUAAGGCCACACAGGGCCUGAUGUCAGUUGGACUAGGAUUGGCUCUCCUGGCUCUGAUUGUGGCAACCCUUGCACUGUGUUGUCAGUGUCACGGCUGUAACUAUGCAAGCACUGUGGCGGGUCUGCUUCUCAUAUGUUUCCUGUGUAUCGGUGUGGCCGUGGCGUUGUUUGGGAUCAAAGCGAGCCAGGAUUUCAACGCCGUGGUAGCGUCGGAGAAUCUCGCCUUAGGGCAGGAAUACAAAUAUGCCUGGUCGUUCUGGCUAGCGGCUGGGGCGGCCGGAAUGGCCCUCAUUACGUCUAUAGUGUAUGGAUGUGCCGGCCUGAACACACAAUAUUGAACCAUUAGAGGAUAUCACAGGACCUUAAAACGGUAUUACCCGUUACGAAAAGUACUGACAGUUAGUGUAUCGUCAGAAGAAAAUGAUCCACCAUCUGUGUGGGCGUGGUCAAUGUAACUGGGUACUCAGUAUCCACCAAUCAGGGUCUAAGUUAUUGGGUCGGGUGGGUAGUAGGUGGGGUUCAUCCUUAUUUUGUGUGAACUCCGGAGUCUCGUGUCGGACUAUAAACGUCAGCCUAUAUAUGGUAUCAAAACAAACGUGUGGAAGUCACGUGAUGAUUUUCAGAAUCGUGCCUUUUUACUUGUUAUUUUGGCCUUUACUGUACAUUUAAUCAAUGCUCUGGUGAACAGCACCGCAUCCCUGUCAUUGGUUCCAUUUGUUUAUUUCAUAUCAUGUUUAUUCUGAAUACUCAUGAAUGUUAAAACUCACUUAACAGAUUUUUUUUUUUUAUAACUUCGCGCCGGUCUUUUUGAAAUGAAACUUUAUAAUUGUUCCGGGUCAGAUAACAUAAACAAUCGUGUUUCGUCCUGUGUCGUGCGUCGUGCGUCGUGCGUAAACUUUUACUUUAAACCGUCUCCUCUCAUAUGCCUAAACAGAUUUCAACCAACUACGGUCUGAAACAUUAUUGAGGGAGGGCAGUCAUAACUUACAUAAAAGAGGCUGGUUCGACGACUUGGAACAGAGGGGUGUGCCCCCCCCCCCCCCCCCCCC